CUAGGGUGCUUGGGUGUUUCCGGCUGGUCUGGGACCGGAAGUGCGUGGGCUGCCCGGCUGGCGCUGCUUAGGGUUUUCAGGAAACAUGGAAGCGGUGGUGAUAGUUGGAAUUGAAGGACUCUUGUGAUGAUCUCUGGGUGCCCUCUGAGAGGAAAGGGGAGGAUGCCACUGGAAUCACCUUCCUCAUCGCUGCCAUUAUCCUUUCCUUCUCCUUUACCCUCAGUGCCAGACAAUAUUGCCAACUCUUCCCCUCUCUCAAUGUCUUACAUCACAUCCCAGGAGAUGAAGUGCAUUCUUCACUGGUUUGCCAGUUGGUCAGGUUACCAGCGUGAACGUUUUCUACAGGACCUGGUAGCUAAGGCAGUGCCAGGAAAAUUACAGCCACUGCUGGAUGGUCUGGAGCAGCUUAGCGUAUCUGGGGCAAACCGGCCCCCUUGUAUUUUUGAGUGCCAGCUACGUCUUUGGGAUCAGUGGUUUCGAGGCUGGGCUGAGCAGGAGCGUAAUGAAUUCAUCAGGCAGCUGGAGGUCAGUGAGCCAGACUUCGUGGCAAAGUUUUACCAGGCAGUGGCUGCCACAGCUGGAAAGGACUGAUGGGCAUUCAGAUCAAAGAAGAUAACAAUAGCUGAUGGAGUGAAGGCCAUGACUCUACAAUGAGCUAAAAUGUGUCCCUUAAAAAUUUGGGGGGUAUUCCAAUGAGGUGAACUUGCCCAUGAGCAUGAGCAUGGCAGUUUCAACAUUUACAGUGUAUCAACUGGACUCCUGGUGUAAGUGUUAUUUGUCUAAGCAAAUACAGAUGAUGUCUGUCUCCUAGUUUGCUUCUUUCCAAGAGAUGUCAAAACCUCAAGAAUUUAAUAAGUGCUUUUGCAAGUACAACCAAAAAGAACCUACUUGUUAUAAACUCAAGACUGCUGCUGGCCCAUGAGGAAUAUAAAGUAAAACUCUUCCUCCUUAGAAACAGGAAAGAAGAAAAAGUAUUUUUAUAGUUUCUAGUUUUAGCACCCUUACCAGACUCUAGCAUAAUUAUGAGACAUGCCAACUACUUGGUUUCCCAGUGGUGAUUUAGUAAAAUUAUGGAAAAUCAGGUGAGGAAGAUAAGUACUCUACCUUUCAUGCUGUUUGACUCCAAAUAGCAAUGAAAAAUUAGUAAAAAUAUCAAAUAGCUUUUUCUAAAGCAUAUGUGAGCUCCUUGGAGCUGGUAGCAGAUGUUCCUAUUCUGUUGCUAUUCUACAAUGGUAUGAAAAUAAGUGAAACUUUACAGGUUAAGCAGUUUAUUUUUAUAUCAAAAUAAAGAAUGGAUCUUCAUAACAUUUCACCUUUUUAUUUUUUUCGUUGCAAAGCUAAUAUAAAGUUGAGAAAGAGACACUCUAAGGAAAGUAGAACUUCAGGGAACCUAAUAGAAUUUCUGCCCAGUUGUCUCUUAAGAAAUGUCCUGUACACUAUCCUGUCAUGUUCUGGGUAGUAUCACACUUCCCUUAGUUUCCAGUUGGGCCCUUGUGCCAUGUAUCUCUUGAUGGUAAUGGGCAGAUGGUCCCACCUGAAGAGUAGCUCGUUUCUGAUAGGCCACAGUUCCCAGUGCACCUACCAGAAUUAGCAGCAGUAGGCAGAGUCCCAUGGACAGAAAUUCGUGAAAACUGGAGGGGUUAUGGUCUGAGGUAACCAGCAACCUAGAAGCGUAGAAGGUACUAUUUGGCCUGGAAUCAUGCCUAGUUUUCAGAGAUGAAGAGCUUUACUUAUAUAACGUGGAACCCAUGAAACUGCUUUAUCCAAGCAUCACGCUAAACGAAUCAGUAAGGGAAUGUGGAACUGGAAAGUAGGAACAAGACCAAGAUCCAAGUCCUCCAGCAACUUAAAUUGUUGGA